CUUAUGCGGAAGUGGAUUUCUCCAAGGCAAAGCAGCUUCAUCCCAGGACGACAAACGACAGACAAUAUCAUCGUGGUCCAAGAGAUUCUGCACUCUCUCAGGAAGUGAAAAGGGCGAAGAGGUGGAGUGGUGAUAAAGAUUGACCUGGAGAAGGCGUACGACAGACUUCGAUGGGACUUUCUCCGAGACACCUUGAUAGAGAUCGGUCUUCCCAGCUCCUGGAUCAACUGCAUCAUGUUCUGUGUUGAAAAGAAUAAGAUGCGCAUAGCCUGGAAUGGAGAGCUCUCAGAUGCUCUCACCCCCAUCAGAGGUGUUCGGCAGAGAGAUCCUCUUUCCCCCUAUCUCUUUGUUUUGUGCAUGGAACGUCUUUCUCAUAGAAUUGGUCAGGCCAUCUAGGAGAAACGAUGGAAACCCUUGACGCUCUCCCCCGGUGGCCCAAAACUCUCCCAUCUUUUUUUUUUUUGCAGAUGAUCUGAUGCUCUUUGCGGAGGCGGGGCUUGGUUAGAUAGCAACUAUUAAGGAGUGCAUGGAGGAGUUUUGUUCUAGCUCGGGACAGCGAGUGAACCUUCAGAAAUCACUGAUCUUUGUCUCCCCUAAUGUGCCGAGAAACACCACUGCUGCCUACAACAACCGGGCAGAGAUUCCUCUCACCUCAGAUAUAGGGAGAUACCUGGGUGUCAUGGCCAUUAAUUCUAGAGUCACCAAAGACCGAUAUAGAGAGCUAAUCCUGAAGGUUCAGAAGAAGCUCUCAUCCUGGAAAGCUAAGAAACUCUCUCUUGCUGCUCGUUUAACUGUUGUACGUUCAGUGUCUACCUCCAUCCCUGUUUAUUCCAUGCAGAUAGAGAUGUUCCCAUCCUCAGUAUGCAAGGAGAUUGACAAGUUCAACAGGAAUUUCCUUUGGGGCGACACAAAGGACAAAAAACACUCUCACCUCGUGGGAUGGAAGAAGCUCCUCGAACAGAAAGAGAAUGGAGGAGCUGGUCUUCGUUCGCUAAGACACUCAAAUACAACGCUCCUGGAAAAAAGCGGAUGGAGGGUUCUGCAAGAGAAAGAUACUUUGUGGACUCAAGUCGUGCGGGGGAAGUACGGACGGAAUAGAGAAGGACUCUCAAUUCUCGAGGGCAAACAUGGAAGUUCCUUCACAUGGAAAAGCAUAACCAAAGCUAAUCCUAUUCUCCGAAAAGGAUGUGCUUGGAACAUUUCAAAUGGGAAAAACACCAAGUUCUGGACUGACAUUUGGGCUUUGCAGGUACCACUGAAGGAUGUUGCAGUGUCGCCGAUCUCGGAGAUGGAGGCUCAGAAACCAGUAGCUGCUUACAUGAAUGACGACGGCCAAUGGCUGGUGGAGCUCUUCCAACAAUGGCUACCAACGAAUGUCAUGGAUAAGAUCACGACGAUAGCUACAGAUCUGCUCUCUACUGAAGAAGACAGAUUAUGCUGGCAGCCCACCUCUACCGGGGAUUUCACAGCUAAAUCUGCUUACCGGAUUUGUUGAGGAUAUUAAUUAUGUAGUAAAAAAUAAUUAAUUCC